AUGUAUGGUUUGAGCCAAGAUUACUGGCAUUCUCGACAUCUCAUGGAGAUUGCUCGUGGAGUGGGUACGCCCUUGCAGUUGGACAAGGCUACCAAGGAGCGUGAGUUCGGUUACAAUGCUUGUAUGCUACUAGAUGUUGAUCUUGCAAACGAACUGCCAUCUUCGCUUAUGGUCGAGCGUGAGGAAUAUUGUUUUCCUAUUGAGAUUGUUUAUGAGAAUAUGUGCACUCAUUGUGUGAUAGCACAAGUUGAUCAAGGGAUGAAUUUUGAGUCGAGAGACACUGAUGAAAAAAUAACUAUUGAAGACAAUGGGAGAGACAUUGAUGAAGGGAAAACUAUUAAAAAUGAUAGAGUUUUGGUUCCAAGGCCAUGUACUCCUACUUCUAGUGAAAAUCAGUUUGUCAUUCUAGCUCAGGAGGCUAUUGUGGGGGCUGCUAAUGAAUUAAUUGAGAAAUUGGCAAACCAAGUGUUCCAUGGGCUAAAUGCUCAGACCCUUGAUGUAGAGAACUCAAUGGUGGUUACUAAUGAGGCUUUAGAUGAUGUUGAGAGCUCAUUCCCCACCUCCUCAACGAGGACAGAAGAGAAUGCAAUUGUGGUUUGA